UGCAACGUCCUCAAUAUGGCGGCCGCCUCUUCCUGAGGCAGUUUGUGUCGGACUGAGCAGCGGGUUUCAGACUCGGUUCUUUUUCAUUUUGAGACGACUUUUUUUUUUGUCGAGACCUGGUGCUACUGAAAGGGACUUUGAAUGAACUGCUGUAUAUUUUCCACCUUUUCCUGUUUUAAAAUUUGGAAAUGAAAUCCUAGAGUGAAUCUUUUACAAUCAAACAAAAACACACCAUGGCAAGUCCAAGAACAAGGCGAGUCCUCAAAGAAGUGAGGACUCAAGAUGAAAACAAUGUUUGCUUUGAAUGUGGAGCUUUCAAUCCACAGUGGGUCAGUGUGACCUAUGGAAUAUGGAUUUGUCUUGAGUGCUCAGGAAAGCACAGAGGUCUAGGAGUUCACCUCAGCUUUGUACGGUCUGCCACCAUGGAUAAAUGGAAAGAUUUAGAAUUGGAGAAGAUGAAAGUUGGAGGCAAUGCAAAAUUCCACCAAUUUCUGGAGUCACAGGAUUAUGAUCCAUGUUGGUCACUUCAAGAGAAGUAUAAUAGUCGUGCUGCAGCUUUUUACAGAGACAAGAUUGCUGCCUUAGCUGAGGGUAGAGAAUGGUCUAUUGAAACAUCAGAAGCUCAGAACUGGACCCCGCCACAGCCUAAAGUAUCUAUUUCUUCAGCUCAUCGCUCCAGACCUAACCAAACCUCUGCAUCAUCCUCUGAUAAAAUGUUUGAGGACUGGCUGAAUGAUGAUAACUCCUAUCAAAGUGGUGGAGGAUAUGGUAGUCAGGAUAAUCGUUAUGUUGGAUUUGGAAACACAGCAUCUCCUCAGAAAAAGGAAGAUGAUUUUCUCAACAGUGCCAUGACUUCUCUUUAUUCGGGCUGGAGCAGUUUUACUGUUGGGGCCACGAAGUUUGCAUCAGCAGCAAAAGAAGGUGCAGCAAAACUCGGAAGUCAGGCAACACAAAAGGCUACAGAAUUAGGUCACACAAUUAAUGAGAGUGUCAUCAAACCCGCUCAGGACAAGGUGAAAGAUGGAAAAUUUUUAGAUGAUGUAUCCAUUGGUGUGUCACAGAUUGCUAAUAAGGUACAGGGAGUGACCGUAAAAGGAUGGCAAGACGUUAGUUCUUUCUUUACCAAUAAGGAAUGUGAAACAGCUGCCUCGGAAAGCUACCCAGUUGGCGAAAGUUACCAGAACAGUGGAGUUGAAGAUGGUUUCUGGGACAAUUUUGGUCGGGAUGAAAAUUCUAAGAUGAAGAUGCCCCCAAGUGCUGGUGUUUGGGGGUCAGGCGAAAAGAAUGAUGAUGUCUGGGGCACAGAGAACAGCACGAGAAAGCAAACCAACCAUAGCAAUGACUGGGACAGCUGGGAUAAUAAUUGGGCCGCAGGUGGUGAAAGCAAGAAUAAAAAGUCACCGAGAAAAGAAAGUGGAGGACCUGUGGAUGAUGAAUGGGACAACCAAAAUUGGUAGCAUGGAAAGUGCCUCAAAUUAAAAGGACCUGCAAUUCAAUUUGCUUUACUUUGUUUCGUUGCUGUAGUAAACCAGUUUGUAUUCUCGAAUAUAAAGAAUCAAUGUUUCAGAAAUCUAUUUUUCUUUUUAGAGGCUGGUUCCAUGCAUAAUUUCACCCAUAAAAGAAGUGUUCACAAUGAACCAUCAGUAUUGUAACCAGAACAAUGUCCCAUUACAGUGUGUACUUUGAGUUCAACUGUACCAUUUUUACUCUGAAUGCAUUGACAAAUACAUUUUUCUAUUUAAGGGAAUAUAAUUUUUCCAUUAAUUCACCACCAAUUUUUUUUAUGUUGUGUGUGUGUGUACAUAAGUGCUCAUUGAAAUCUGCAGGGUAUCAUGGAGAAAAACAUAAAGUUAAAUAGUGCAGUGAUUAAUUUUAGCUCAGGUUUUCUUUCAGAAACACGACGACCGUAGCAUUUACUGCAUGUGCUAUAUGUGUCUGUCUUCAGCUUUACGUGCAAUUGUACGGGACAGGUAGAUUUGCAAAUUCAUACUUAAGUGUUUUCAGUGUGAUUAUUAUAGGUUUGGUACCUGGCUUAUUGAAAUAAAAUUAUAGAUUAUAAAUUUAAAAUUGAUCUAUUUCAAUCAUAAUUGUUUACUAACUUUUCUUCUUUUUCAUUUUACAUGCAUUACAAACCAAUAUGUAAGCUUGAAGUCACUGUUUUGGUAUUAGCAAACAAAUGCUCAUUACAUUUGUGCAACAUUCCACCAUCUAAUACCUUAACGCAGCUAUUGACUUGUUGACACUAAUUGGUUAAGACUUCGCUAAAAUAGUGGUUGCAGGAAUAAAUGAGUGUAUCAAAUAUUCAUCUAAUGCUGACAGUAGUCCUUUCUAAGCUUAUGUCAAUUUUUUAAUUUUUUAUUUGGAUAAUUUUAUUGGCCAAUGUCAUCAAACUGGCACAGAUGUGUUCUCUAUUCUUUUCUUUUAACUGUAUGACAUGUGGCGUAUAUAAAAAUCCUUUUUAUUUGUUUAAAUUUCAGAAGUGAAAUGCUUUUUCUGAUCUGUCAGAUUUAAUUUUCAGAAGUAUGUAGAUGUAUAAGUGUGGUGGCGUUUCUUGUCUGGUCUGCUGCUGCCUCCAAAACCUACCCCCAGACAUUCCAGUUGCAUAUAGUGUAGGUAUAGUCUGAAUAUGUGAUCUUUCAGUAAUGGACCUUUUGACAAAGUAUGUGCAAUAUUUUUGAGCAUGAGCAACAACCUAAUGUAUUCUCAUUUAUGUACCUUGGGGAUGAUUGAGCUUUUAUGCCCUAAAAGUUAACAUGGAAGUUUUUGCUAACGUGAGUGGACAUCUGUGGAUAUGUAUAGCAACUCAGAUGUUGCUAAUUAUUUUGCACCCAUUUUUGAGUGUGAUUGCUUAUUUGAUGAUGUAUGACAAUAAAGCAGGUGAAAACGGA